AUGGAUCGCCUUACCAAAAACAUCCGUUGGACCUUGCGGUCAAUGUACAAGGCACGACGCUCACCAGGACAUCCAAAGUUGAGGCCGCAUCCGAUAGCAAUUGCACACGCUUCCGUGGAGAAUGGAGAAAUACCAAAGAAGUCACUAGAGACCCAGAAGGUUUCUGUACCUACACUCGACUCAACGUCAACGAACGCCGCAUAUGCCACUUCGCAGAGCGAGGUCGACUCAGAGACGGCCCCAAGCUCCUUGUCACAGCUUGAAGCUGAGGACCAGAGAACACAUUCGCCUCCGGCAGACAACGUUCAAAGCAGCCCAUCUGAAGCUGACGACGUCGUUGCAAUGGACGGUGACGAGCCAAUGGGAAUAGAAGACGCCGAAGAGCUUCGACGGCAGGCUUACGUAACGUUCGAUGUCGAAGAGGAUAAGGACUACACUGCAGGACCGGCACGUAUGGUAGUCGCAACUGACGGCGUGUUCGAUUGCGUUGCGCUUUUGAUGACCAUGGCGCUCUCAGCUGCGGUGAAGAGCUCGGUGACUGCACAGCGAGCCUACACCAAGGUCGAGGCGGAGGUGGAGGCAGAAACAAAGACUCUCAAACAGUUGGAAAGGAAAAUUCGCCAUGAGCUAUGCAACCACAAUUUGCGGAUCGGUUUGCUGGUCGAGGACGAGGGUGCCGGGCAGAAAGAGGCUUUGAAGAAAGAAGUAGAGACUCUCAACUUGAUGAAGGAGGACACGGAGGCUAAGCGUCGAAUCCUCGCGUUCCAAGUGGAGGAAAAAGUGCGAUACCUGAGGGAGCGCCAGACUGCUUUGAACGCACUGUUGGAAGAAGCCUUCAUCGAGGCCAAUCUGAUGGAAACGCAAACCAAAGAGUUCUUCCAGUCACCGAAAGAGGUGAAUCCCCAAGCAGAGUAUCAGAAGUUCUGUGUCGAGCUUAGGCAGUUCCAAGGAUACGGCGAAUAUGAAGAGGCUGAGGUCGCUCCUUUGGACGACACUGAAUACAAGUACGAGGCGCCACCACUCAGCGCCGAACAACAAGCACAAAGAGAUCUACAGGAUAUGUACUGGGAAGCCCAGCAACGGUUUGCAACUGCUCAGUACAACUUCGACGACCGCGAGCAGCAGCGCUGGGACGAACUUCAGAUGAACUGCGAUGCUGCAGAUCGCGGCGAGGACACUAGAGACGAUUCACCGGAAGACUUCGAUCUUCGCUGGGUGCAAAAGACCCACGAUCUGACGCACGAGCUGGCCGAAGCCGAAGAAGCUUUCACAGCAGCAAAGCAAGCCUGCGUAGAUGCUGGCGUAGACAUCUGCGACGACGACCGCAUGUCUGGCUUUGUUGACGACACUGCAGACGGCUACCGACUGAGCUUCGAGCAGGAGCAGAUUGCUUCGGUGCCGUCGCCCAAGAUCAGGACGUGGCUUAGCAGCGUCGACGAGCUGGUCUCGCCGGGCUUUGAUGACCCUACUAAACAGCAGCCGGAUGACUAG